AUGGGUGAGCGAGUGGUUAUGGAUGAGGGAGUGGUUAUGGGUGAGCGAGUGGUUGUUAUGGGUGGGGGAGUGGUUAUGGGUGAGGGAGUGGUUAUGAGUGAGCGAGUGGUUAUGGGUGAGCGAGUGGUUAUGAGUGAGCGAGUGGUUGUUUUGGGUGAGCGAGUGGUUAUGGGUGAGCGAGUGGUUAUGGGCGAGGGGGUGGUUGUUAUGGGUGAACGAGUGAUUGUUAUGGGUGAGCGAGUGGUUAUGGGUGAGAGAGUGGUUGUUAUGGGUGAACGAGUGGCUAUGGGAAGAGAGAGGGUGGAGGUAGCCACACCAGAGAGUGUGGUGUUGCAGCGGUGUGGGCGUGUACACCUGCUACCCACGCCCACACACUCAUCAGCACACCCACACUGCAACUACCUGCCUCCAGAAGCCUUGGUUGGUCACCAGAUACCUGAAGCAGAGAGGAUGCUGGUGUUCUCUCUGGGACGGACACUGUGGGUAGCUGCCGAGCACGGUACCAGUGGCAUUUAUGGCACCAGUACAGUCAAUGGCAUGGUGGAGAGUGCAACCACCCCUCACCACCACCACCACGCCAGCACCAACAACCUGUCUUCCAGCCUCAGGUCAACACUCUCAGCCAUGACCCACAACCUUCCUGCUCACGGACUCACUCUUGUGGAUAUCUUCCAGUUGUUAGUAGAGCGUUUAAAUAGCCGGGAUCGUAUCAACUACACCGCCAUCGUACGAUCUCUCUAUGAAGAAGUGCUGGGCCCCCCACUACCACCUCCUCGGCCACCUGAUCCAGUCAUGGCAAGACAGAGGUCUUACUCUGCUCUGGACACUAGGACAUCAACUAGCAGAAGACCUUCGUCAUUAAGCUUAUCACAGCGUUCAGCAAGCGUGGAGGAACUGAAUCAACAUCCUCAUCACUCACUCGGAUCUGUUAAACCUGCCUGGAUAUCCCAAACACAACCUACGGACAUUUAUCCAACAACAUGGGAUCAAGAUUUUAACCACUUGUCGAGCAUGCAAGACAUAAAUCAGCUCACACCUUCGUUCAGGACAUCGACCAGACUAGUAGAUAUGUCAAGUGAAAAUCCUCAGACUAACCUUUUAACAUCAAAGAUAAACUUUCACUCAAUGGAUACUAUAAGUUCAACAAAAGAAAAUAUCAUACCAAACUCACUUGAAUGGAGCAAGUUGCCUUCCAUGAGAGGCACCAUGAAAUCUAUCUUAGAGGUGUCAUCAACUCAGACCUCGCCAGUCAAGACAUCUCCAGAAGGCAACUCGGACAAUAUUUUUCCUUACAAGGAUUCCAGAACAGUCACAGUUACCAGAAGUGCCACAGUAGCUGGCAUUAUGAAGACUCCAGUCAUGGAGGCACAGGAUGGAGGAGCACCAGGCACGCAGAAAAAGGUUCCUCCUAAGAAACCUCCACGAUCACGAGCAAUGUCUGUUGACAAUCUUCUGAACUCCGCUACGGAGUUACGUCGGAACCUAUACGAAGUGGUUCCGAAGAAGAGACGUCUGGUGAUGCGCACUCCAUCACGCCUCUACCAUUUCACAGACAGUCACCUGAGCACUGUCGUGGGAUGCGCCAACACAAAAUUACCCCCUAUCUUAGGACCAGAGUUCGUUGUGAGAAACAAAGAACCAACGAAGGCUCUUACUUUAUUACAGGAUGCCCAGCGAGGUGUUGUGAAGAAAGUGACAGUGAUCCUGGUAACAGGCAGGAGGUUAGAGGUCACCUGUGACCCCGCUACUACUAGGGUCAGCCACAUUCUCCAGGCUGUGUUUCAAGAAGAAAAUUUACCUCUUAAGCAAGUGUUGGGUCUUGCUGUGUUGGGCAGCGGAGAAUUUCACUUUGUAGCACCUCAGACCAAACUACACAAAGUUUCACCUCCAGGCUGGAAGGAGCGCCAUCCCACAAAGGAUGGACUUAUUCAAGAUAAUUUUACUCUCCACCUAAGAUUUAUUUACUAUCUUAAAUUUAAUAAUGCAGAAGAAAUGGAAUGCUCGUCGAGGCAGCUUCUGUAUCUGCAACUCCGACACGAUCUGUUGGAAGGUCGCUUUCCACUCCCCUCCGAUGAUCUCCUUCAUGUGGCAGCUCUUGCUCUACAAGCAGAGUUUGGCCACAAAAAAGAAAAGGACAUGGGCUACUUUCUUGCUGAGCAUUAUGUCCCUGAGUCACUGCUGCGUGGAGGACGCACAGUGGAAGUGUCACAGAAACUGCAGCAGUAUCAUGCAGCCCUGGCAGAUCUGUAUUAUAGUGAGGCUCAAGCACGCUUCAUCACCACACUACAGGACACUCCAUACUAUGGCACACACCUCUACCAUGUUACACAGGACAAGGGACGGCAGCAGUGUUGGCUGGGCAUCAGGCGUGAGGGUGUCCUGGUUAGCAGCAGUGGAGCUCUUACUUGUGAGACCAUCACUGGGGCUACACUCCAUCCUUGGCAGUCAGUCAAAAGGAUGUCGUACACCACUCACCGGCUAACCUUCGCUGUACGUGCACUGGACAAAUCAGUCAAACUCAAAUUCAAUUUACAAGAAAACAGGAGUCGUCAUGUUUUCUACCUAGCCACUGUUCACCAGAGUUUCCAGCAUGAUGCUACUGUCCUGAGCUGCCUGGCAUUGCCUGCAGGAGGCUCAGGGUUGCCUGGUGAGGUGGUACUUCCUCAGCAGGAGUUUCACUCACAAGCCCCAAGCAGUGCUUCUUCAGCCACUACUACUGCUCGCACCAGCCUCUCCUCAGCAGGUACUGCUGAAGAUAUUGCAUCGGGUUAUCACUUGACUGAUGCACCUGGCUCCCUAGAAAACAUCCAAGGGGCAGAAAGUGAGCAUAAAGACAAUACAAACUGUUGUGUAGGUUUUGAGGCAGAGAAGGUCAGUGAGGCAACAUCUUUGUGGCCAGUACUUUUGGGAGAACACAAAUCAUCAAACAGUCUCUCCCGUGACAACUUUUUGUCGGAUAUUCUAUGGCGCAGUGGUGGAGAUGAGACUGACGAGGUUUUUUCCAUUGAAAACUUGGAAAAUGAGCAGCAGGUUCAUCAACACGAGCAGCGGGAAGUUGCAAGAGUAGCAAACACAGUGAAGACAUCAGUUCCACGGGUAUUCCACCAGCGGUCCAAGAGUAACAUAGAGAACACCAGCAGCAGCAAGGAGGGGCCAGGAGGCAUCACACCAGAGCUUACCCGAGAGUUCGGCAGUGAUGAAUCACUCCUUGCUUCACCCAAGAAGGGUCAUGCAGUGAGGAUGGGGACGCGGGUCUCCGCGGCAGCCCUCCAGAAGCGCCGCCUGCGCAGUGCAGAGGUUCUCCAGCACCAGCUGCAUCACCACCUGCCCAGCUUACAGGAGCUCAACACCACCCCUGCAGCUGUUGUUGUUGAACCUUCACUGCGGAGUGUGGUGGUGGAGGAGGAGAGUGUUAGUGACUCCCUCCUGGAGAGGUUCUUACAAUGCUCUGGAGGUGGCGCUGCGGGAGCCGCUGCAGCAGUCUGCGAGCGCAGGCUGCGCUCUAUAACACUGCACAAGGAGGAAGGCUCCCUCGGGGUGAUGAUAGCUGAGGGCGCAGACCACGGCCUUUAUAUUCAGGCCGUCUCUCCGGGAGGUCCAGCUGCUAUGGAAGGAUCUCUCAAGCCCGGUGACCGCAUCGUUGGCAUCAACGGGCGCAGCGUGGAGAACCUGCCCUACACUGCGGCCGUCGACCUGCUCAGGCAGAUCUCUCAGCAGGUCACCCUGCUUGUGUCUCAGCCAGUCACCACGCCCUCGCCCAUGCCGUCACAAUCCAACCUUACACACACCGCCACGCCCACGCAGGCGGUACCCACUCCACCCGCCGCCGCAGCGGCGACUAUCACCAAAGACACCGGUAGUCUGGCAGGAGGCGCGGAAAAUGUCUGCGAGGGCGCAAAAAGUACCUGUGCGGGCGCAGGAAAUGCCAGACCUCACAUAGGUGAGGCGACAGUGAGAGCCGUGGGCGGGGUAGUGACCUUUGUCCGAGAGGUCAGGUCAGGACCUGUCACUGUUAUCACCCUCAACGCUGGCUCCCCACCACCCCUGGGGGAGCCACCUCAUCACCACCCUGCUGACCUGACCACGGUACCUGCUCUGGGCAUCACCCUGGGCACUCACCUCACCCAUACUUCCCAACUCUCCACCCCACCUGCUGCUGCUGUUGUAGCCACUACUUCAUCUGCCGCCACAGCCUCACAAAAUGUGAAGCAGAACUAGAGGGUCGUCGACCAGUUCCAGCACCUCGACGGAGCCUGGGAUCAACCAGCUCCUCAGUUGGGGAUUCAGCAAACAUGGAAUGUACCACCACAGCUGGAACAAGCACUGCCCUCCACAGCAAAUACUCCCUGCACCAUGAACAACUGGUUCAGAAUGGCAGUUCUUCAGUAGAUGUGCUGGAAACUCUUCAUGCUCGCAAGAGCACCCCGGUGCCCAUAGAUUCUUGCUGUUCCUCUUUUGACUCUUGUACCACCGAUAACUCUGCUUU